GAAGAUAAUUGUACCGACAGAAUCAGGGAGUGUGAAUUUGCCAGAGGUAAUAAGAUCUCUUUAUUUUUAUUCAGAGUUAAUUCGUUCAGUCAAGGUGAUUUUCCGCCAGGAUGCAGACUCCCAACACGACGGGCGAUUGCGUCGCCUGCACCACGCAUAUGCAUGGUGCCUACUCUGCAGAUCGGCUGCUGAGACACAGAGCCAUGAGCCACCCCAGACACAUGGGCAAGAUAAAAAAGCGGCUGGAGGACAUCAAGAACCAGUCCCUGAAGUCGACAAAAGCAGAUUUCAGCCACAAUGAAAGCAUCAGAUUGGCCACGGACGCUUUCCUGGAUGGUGGGACAGACUCGUAUCUCCAGACUUUAAGCAAAGAGGGAGAGGUGGAUUUCCUCUCCUCGGUGGAAGCUCGGUACAUCAAGGAGAACGCCCGCGAGUCCUAUUAUGCGCAGGAAUCCCCCACGGAUGGGGCAGCCGCGCAAAGGCAGAACGAUGGCGGCUCCCUGCCUUCGGGGACGUACUUCCCCACCAUUUCUGACAGCAGUGAGCCCGCUCUCCUGCACACAUGGAUUACAGCGGAGAAGCCCUACUUAAAGGAAAAGUCCACGGCCACCGUGUACUUCCAGACAGAGAAGAACAGCAACAUCAGAGACAUCAUACGCCGGUACAUCAACAAGACCACGCAGGUGCUGGCUAUUGUGAUGGAUGUAUUCACAGACACUGAGAUCCUUUGUGACCUCCUGGAGGCAGCCAACAAGCGCAUGGUAUUUGUCUACCUGCUGCUGGACCAUGGCAAUAUAAAUCUCUUCUCGGAGAUGUGCGACAAGCUGCAGAUUGCUGAGGAUCUCUUCAAGAAUAUCUCAGUCCGCAGUGUUACUGGAGAGGUAUACUGUGCCAAAUCAGGCAGGAAAUUUUCAGGACAAAUACAAGAAAAAUUUCUUAUCUCUGACUGGAGAUACGUUCUCUCUGGAUCCUACAGGUGA